AAAAAAUUUCCUGUUUCUCUCUCAUCAAACGCGAACCAAACUGAAGAACGAAAGAAAAGAAAAAAUCGGUCUUCGACGGAUCCGAGAAAAAACAAAACCAGAAAAAACAGAAACCCUAACCCUAGCCAAUAACACAUCAUCAUCAUCAUCAUCUUCCCCUCACCGCCUAGCUUUUUUCCCCCUUUUUUCCUCCCGCACGUCGAAAACAAUCAAAACGAAUUAGGGUUAGGGUUUCGUGUGUUAUGGACAGUGGAAGAAGAAGAAGAAAUCUAAUAUGACUAGAAGAAGAAGUUAUUAUAAUAGUAUGAGCAGAUGCAAACGUUUGUGGAAGAUAUGAUGGGUAGAGGUGACGAUAGAGGUUGUGGCACCGAAGAAAAACCUUGUAAAAUUUCUACUUUUAGUAAAAAUCAUCAUCAAUCGUUGUUGGGGUUAGUGGUAGAUCCUCCAGAGGACGUCAAAAUUGAUUACUAUAAUCAAGCACAGAAAGCUCUGUGUGAGCGUUCUCCUUUUGAAGAUGAAGCAGAAGUUUCUAGGGUUUGUAAUAUUCCUUCUGGGUUAGCUGACUUCUUGUCUAGGUCUACUUAUAGUCGUAAAAAGCACAAAAAAUCACAUUCAGAAUCGUCUGCUGGGCAAAAGAAAUCUUCUUCUUCUGUUGAGAAAUCCAAGGUUAAAAAGAACAUUUGGUCAGACACUGAAGAUUAUUUUAGGCAAGUAACAUUUACUGACAUUCAGAAUUUAGUCAGUCAGUCUUCUUCUGUUACUUCUUCUCAGCCUUACUUUACUAUUCCUUCUUUGCCUAAAUUUGUAAAUGAGAAUGUCGAUUCUUCUGUUGCAACUGUUAGUGGUUACAAUGAGGUGGUAGUUGAAGAAGAAGAAGUAGUAGUGCCCAAAGAGGAGGUGGUGGUGGAAAAUAAAGAAAAACAAGUAGAAGAAGAUAAUUUAGUGGAAAAUGAAGUUAGGGAAGCUGAAAUUUUGCCCACAGAAGAAAAAGAAGACAAUUUAGUGGAAAAUGAGACUUUAAAUACUCAAUCAUCUUCUUCGUCUUCAAAUGGGUUAGAAUGGCUCUUGGGUGCCAGAAACAAGGUAGUAGUCACUUCUGAGAGACCUUCCAAGAAGCGGAAGCUUUUGGGAAGUGAAGCUGGAUUAGAGAGACUUAAAGUUGUUUGUCCUUCUGUAGGACAGAGUUUACCUGUUUGCCAUUUGUGUUGCUUGGAAGAUUCCGGUGAACAUAUGAAUUCUUUACUGGUAUGUGGUUCGUGUAAAGUUUACAUUCAUCAGAAGUGUUAUGGUGUUCAAGAUGCUCCAGUUGGGAUAUGGUUGUGUUCUUGGUGUUUGUCGAGGGGUAGUUCCGAGGCUGAUGGGGAUGGUAAAGAACUUUCGUUGAGGCCUUGUAUUCUUUGUCCCAAAUCAGGUGGAGCGUUAAAACCAGUGGUCAGGAAUGUUGAAUUUAAGGGAGGUGGAUCGUCGGAGUUUGCUCAUUUGUUCUGUAGUCUGUGGAUGCCCGACGCAUAUGUUGAGGAUAUAAAGAAGAUGGAGCCGAUCAUGAAUAUUGGGGAGAUAAAUGAUAUGCGAAAGAAAUUAGUUUGCAAUGUAUGCAAGGUGAAAUAUGGUGCAUGCGUACGGUGUAGUCAUGGUACUUGCAGGACUGCUUUACAUCCAAUAUGUGCAAGGGAAGCAAAAUACAAGAUGGAGAUCUGGGGAAAGAUUGGAUGUGAUAAUGUUGAGUUGAGGGCUUUUUGCGCAAAGCAUUCCGGAUUGCCAGAUGUUUGCAAUAGCCAGCAGUCGGUAAAUAAUACAUAUGCAGGGGAUGAUUGUGGCUCCUCUAUAUCCAGUCGUCCCACUGUGUUACUGGUGGUUAACAAGUCACAGAAGGUAAAGCUUGGUCAGGGGAGUGACCUGAAUGACCAGAUAAAUGGAGUUCGUGUUACUGCAACAGAUACGAACUCUGAAAAUCUGGCGAACAAUGAGAUAUCUUUGGGACAAGAUUUGUCGACUACCAGGCCAAGCUCUAAACCUAGGUCGGAGUGUGAUGAAGGGCUUGAUAGCAAGGACACAUCUGAAAGGGGCAAUGUUGGAGAGACUAACCUUUCUGAUUUGUUGGAUAUUGUCCAAACCCUGAAAAAGUUAGUCGAUCGGGGAAAGGUCAUUGUUAGCGACGUAGCAUCAGAUAUUGGAAUCUCAUCUGAUACAUUGGCAGAAAUUCUUGUGGGGGGAAAUUCCAUCUUUCCUGAUUUGAGAUGCAAAAUCAUCAAGUGGAUUCGAAAUCAUGCAUACGUGGAUAGUCCACAACCAAAUCUUAAAGUUGGAGGGCCGGACUGUCCUGAUACUGUUUCAGAAGCUGGUCCAGAUAGUUCCACCGAUGUUCCUUUUAAAUCUGUUCCACCAAGAAGGAGAACAAAGAACAACAUACGUAUUUUGAUGGAUAAUAAAGUAGUGUGCUCUUCUGAGGAAAAACUGCUCCUGCAAAAUGGCAAUGGGAUAGUGAUAGAUGAGGCAGAAGUAAAAUUUGAUGUUCCUAACGGAGGUGUUAGAGAUGGCGAUGGGGGAAAUAGUGUUGUCUCUCACGAUGGUGAUUGUUGCUUUGAGGAUAAUGAUGUCUUGAAAGAGAUUUUGGUCGAGUCUUCUGGACGACAUGGCUUGGAUUCUUCUUUGGGGGAGUCGACUGUACCUGAAGGGAAGCCUGUGCACUGUAACAUGCCUGUGAAUGAACAAGUAGAGAGGGAUUCUUCUUUGCAGAGUAGUUUGGUGAAUUCUGACGGUGAGCAUAAUGCAACUUCUGUUGAUGUAGGGACUCUGGUCAUUCCUGAUUUCACAGCUGGAGUGCCAACUUCUUGUUCGUACGUUCACCCGUUUAUUCAAAAUAAGUUGUCCCAGCAGGCCCACACAGUUUCCGAGACUCAUGAAACAAUGGUAAAAGAUGUCCCUGUUACAGAGUCACCUUUUCCUGGUACUCAUGGCGACGAUGACCAAGAUGGUAACAGUACCUGUAUUACCGCUGAUUGUACUUUAGAUGGUAUCACGUCGAAAAAAUUGGAGAUGGCUAAGAAGAUGGGCGUCUUAGAUCUGUCACCUGAAGACGAACUGGAAGGGCAACUUAUUUACCUUCAAAAUAAGCUCCUCGACAACACCAUUGCAAGCAAGCGUCAUUGUGAUGAACUUGUUUCUCGAGUGGUAAAAAGUCUUCCGAAGGAACUCGAUACCGCUUGUAGGCAACGAUGGGAUUUGGUACUAGUUAGUCAGUAUCUUUGUGGGAUUAGGGAAGCAAAGAAACAAGGAAGAAAAGAGAGAAGGAACAAAGAAGCUCAGGCUGUGCUGGCUGCUGCAACCGCCGCAGCUGCAGCUUCUUCAAGGAUAUCAUCACUUAGGAAAGACGUACCUGAAGAAACUGCUCAUCAUGAGAGCCAAUCGAAAAUAAAUGCUGUCGGUGGGAGGACUGGGCUUUACUCCCAAAUGAUGCCACGGGCUAAGGAGACACUUUCAAGACUGGCCGUUGGACGCAAUUCUACUGAAAAGCCCUCUGAAACUGUCCAGUUAAACUCUUCAAAGGAACACCCUCAUUCAUGUGAAAUUUGCAGAAGACCUGGGAUGUUGUUGAACCCUAUAUUAGUUUGUCACAACUGCAAGGUGCCAGUCCAUUCGGGUUGUUAUCGUAGUGUUAAAGGUUCUUCUGGACCAUGGUACUGUGAACUGUGUGAAGAUUUGAUGGCAUCCAGGAGCCUUAGAGUUCCAGUUGUAAACCCUCGUGAGAAGCCUUGUUUUCCUGCACAGUGUUGUUUGUGUGGUGGCAGUAGUGGUGCUUUUAGAAGGUCAACCGACGGACAAUGGGUUCAUUCCUUCUGUGCUGAGUGGCUGUUGGAAUCAACUUUCAAGAGGGGACAGCAGAAUCCCGUGGAAGGACUGGAUACCCUUCUGAAGGAAAGGGAAGUUUGCAGUAUUUGCGGUACUAAACUUGGAGUCUGUGUAAAGUGUCACUAUGGAAAUUGUCAAAGCAAUUUUCAUCCCUGUUGCGCCAGAAAUGCUGGAUUUUACAUGCUCAUGAAGACUGGUGGAGGUGGAAACAAGUCACAUCACAAAGCUUACUGUGAAAAGCAUAGCUUGGAGCUGAGAGAAAAGGCUGGGACACAGCAACAUGGUGCCGAGGAGCUUAAAAGCAUUAAACAAACAAGGGUAGAGCUUGAGAGGGUGCGCCUUCUUUGUGAAAGAAUCAUCAAAAGAGAGAAACUUAAGCGAGAGUUAGUUGUCUGUUCACAAGAAAUACUCGCUUCAAAACGGGACUCCAUAGCUCUGUCAGUGCUUGUUCGUAGUCCAUUCUUCCUUCCUGAUGUCAGUUCAGAAUCAGCAACAACGUCCCUGCGAGGGCAUGUGGAUGACAAAAAAUCUUGCAAUGAAGCGAUGACGCAAAGAUCAGAUGACAUCACCAUGGACACUGCUGUUUCUGGUAAGCGCCGGAUUGUGCUUCCUGUGCCUAUGGAUAUCGACCAAAAGACUGAUGAUAGCUCCACUUCUCAAGAUCAGCUGUGCACCAUAAAGACAAAUGACAGGGUGCUAUUAUCUGGGAAGAAGCUCCCCAAGAGACCUGCAUCUGUUGCUCUGCGGAAUUUGGAGGAGGAUGCUGACAAGAGGUCAAAAUCAAGAAAGCACCCUGAAACCUUUCAAAAAGAGCUGGUGAUGACAUCAGAUCAAGCAUCUUUUCAGAAUCAGCGGUUACCAAAAGGGUUUGCUUAUGUUCCUGUGGUGUGCCUUCCUAAGGAGAAGCCUCCUCCCCGUGAAACAGAUUUGCAAGACUCGGUGGAGCCUGAUGGAUAAGACUAAAAUAUCAAAUCUCUUUUGGGUUCUUUGUUUCCUUGAUGGCCAGCCACAGCCUAUCCAAGAGCUCUGCUGAUCUCUGCUCGGAGGUUGAUUGUGAUUGUUGGUCCCGUUUAACAAGUAAAAGGAUAUAUCAUUGGGUUAGGGACCUGGCCGUUCGGUCCCAUAUCAACUGGGACUGCCUCCUACCGUUCGUUCAGAUAUGAAAGUUUUGUCAUCGUUGUUGUAUACACAUUCUGAGAGCAACUGUACAGAGGAUGAGGUUUCUUUCCAUUUAAUGUAUGGCAACAAGCUUGAGGUUGCCUUUCCCCCAUAGGGAGGGUUGUAUGCAGGCUGUGCUUUCCUGUAAACUGUAUAUGAGAAAUUAGAAAGGUAUUAUUAUGUUGCAUCCUCUAAAACUUAGUGUGUAUAUCGUUAGCAUCGCUGUUCUUGGAGUGCAGUUAGCAUUUGGAGACGAGUCUUUGCAGUUGGUCAUUGUACCACUGUGUACAGCAAUUAGAAUCACAGAUAGCAAUUUUAUUGCUUUUUCUUUA